GAGCGCCUCUUCCGCUGGCCAUAGUCAACAUCUAAGAUAUUAAAAUUAGUCGCGUGAUCUUGUUACGGGCCGGAGGGCUGAUUUCAAGACUGCCUCUUUUAAAGAUGGCUCCGACUAACGUCGUUCCCGAAUAUUCUUCACAAACAGAAAGCAGAUGUCCGCUCGAGUCAGAACUGCGAGCUCAAUUGCAUCAAAGGAUUAUGAUUCUCGAUGGCGGUAUGGGAACCAUGAUCCAGCAGCAGGGACUUCAGGAGGAAGAUUUCAAAGGGGCGGAAUUUCGAGAGCACAAGCUGCCUCUUAAAGGAAACAAUGACCUGCUAAGUAUCACACAGCCUGAUGUCAUCUACAGAAUCCACAAGGAGUAUCUCCAAGCUGGGGCUGACAUCAUCGAGACCAACACUUUUAGCAGCACAUCCAUUGCUCAGGCUGACUAUGGGCUGGAACACAUGGCUUAUCGUCUUAACAAGGAAUCUGCAGAGAUAGCGAGAAGAGCAGCUGAUGAUGUCACCAAACAAAGCGGACGGAAGCGCUACGUGGCGGGGGCAGUUGGCCCCACCAAUAAAACGCUGUCUGUGUCACCUUCUGUGGAGAGGCCUGACUUCAGAAACAUCACCUUUGAUGAGCUAGUUGACGCUUAUUCAGAGCAAGUCCGAGGUUUGCUGGAUGGAGGAGCAGACAUCAUUUUAGUGGAAACCAUCUUCGACACGGCCAAUGCUAAGGCGGCAUUGUUUGCAAUCGAUUUGUUGUUUGAGAAGAGCUACGAAAGAAAACCUCUACUUAUCUCAGGAACGAUUGUUGACAGGAGUGGGCGAACUUUGUCUGGCCAGACGGGGGAGGCUUUUGUAGUGAGCGUGUCACAUACUAAACCACUAUGUAUCGGCCUCAACUGUGCCUUAGGGGCAACAGAGAUGAGGCCAUUUAUCGAGGCCAUCGGAAAAGCCACGUCUGCUUUUAUUAUCUGUUACCCCAAUGCAGGUCUUCCCAACACAUUUGGUGGUUAUGAUGAAACUCCGGCAGUAACAGCCUCCAAUUUGAAGGAGUUUGCAAUGGACGGACUGGUGAAUAUUGUGGGAGGCUGUUGUGGAACCACUCCAGCUCACAUAAGAGCCAUAUCAGAAGCGGUCAAACACUGCCAGCCUCGAGUUCCUACAGCGGAUAUACAUCAAGACUACAUGCUGCUCUCGGGUUUGGAGCCAUUCAAGAUCGGCCCGUACACCAACUUUGUGAAUAUCGGCGAGCGCUGCAAUGUGGCUGGGUCACGCAGGUUUGCUAAGAUGAUUAUGGCUGGGAACUACGAGGAAGCUCUAAGCGUUGCUAAGGCCCAGGUGGAGAUGGGAGCCCAAGUUCUUGAUAUCAAUAUGGACGAGGGGAUGCUGGAGGGUCCAACAGCCAUGGCUCGGUUUUGUAAUUUCAUUGCUUCUGAGCCAGACAUUGCUCGGGUUCCUUUGUGUAUUGACUCAUCAAACUUCUCCGUCAUUGAAGCGGGACUGAAAUGCUGCCAGGGCAAAUGUAUAGUCAACAGUAUCAGUUUGAAAGAAGGUGAGCAGGAGUUCCUUCUUCGAGCGGCAACUGUGAAGCGCUACGGAGCUGCCGUGGUUGUAAUGGCAUUUGAUGAGGAAGGCCAGGCCACAGAGACGGAUCGCAAAGUGGAAAUCUGCACCCGAGCGUACAACUUGCUGGUUAGCAAAGUUGGAUUUGAUCCCCAAGACAUAAUCUUUGACCCCAAUAUCCUGACCAUUGGCACCGGGAUGGAAGAACACAAUGACUAUGCUGUAAACUUCAUCAGGGCGACAAAGGUCAUUAAGGAAACCUUACCAAGGGCCAGAGUGAGUGGAGGUCUCUCCAAUCUGUCUUUCUCCUUCAGAGGAAUGGAGGCCAUCAGAGAAGCUAUGCAUGGAGCCUUUCUCUACCAUGCUAUCAAGGACGGUAUGGACAUGGGCAUUGUGAAUGCUGGGAAUCUACCCGUGUACGAUGACAUUGAUAAAGACCUGCUUUUACUGUGUGAAAACCUCAUCUGGAACAAAGAUGCCGAUGCUACCGAGAAGCUUCUGGUCUAUGCACAAAACAACGUUAAAGGAGGAAAAAAGGUGACUCAAACAGACGUAUGGAGAGAAAAAAGUGUGGAAGAGAGGCUGGAGUACGCCCUCGUCAAGGGAAUAGAAACCUAUGCGGUACAGGAUGUGGAAGAAUGUCGAACACAUGUCGAUCGCUACACCAGUCCCCUUCGCAUCAUUGAGGGUCCUUUGAUGAAUGGCAUGAAAGUGGUUGGAGAUCUGUUUGGUGCUGGCAAGAUGUUCCUCCCGCAGGUCAUCAAGUCGGCCCGUGUUAUGAAGAAGGCAGUGGGCCACCUCAUACCUUUCAUUGAGAAAGAGAGACAGGAGAAGAUUGCUUUGGCUGGGUCAAGCCAGGACCUGGAUCCUUAUCAAGGCACCAUAGUUCUGGCCACAGUGAAGGGCGACGUCCAUGAUAUUGGCAAGAAUAUUGUUGGUGUUGUUCUGGGUUGCAACAACUUCAGGGUGGUUGACCUGGGCGUCAUGGUUCCUUGUGAUAAGAUUCUAAGAGAGGCCAUCCAACAAAAAGCUGACAUUAUUGGUUUGUCUGGUCUGAUCACCCCAUCUCUAGACGAGAUGAUUUAUGUGGCCAAGGAGAUGGAGAGACUGGGCAUGACAACGCCGUUAUUGAUCGGGGGGGCCACUACAUCAAAGACUCACACAGCAGUGAAGAUCGCCCCGUGUUACACUUCUCCUGCCGUCCAUGUCCUGGAUGCUUCCAGGAGUGUGGUCGUGUGCUCUCAGCUUCUGGAUGAUAAUACGAGAGAGGACUUUUUUGAGGACCUGAAAGAAGAAUAUGAAGACAUCAGACAGGAGCAUUACGACUCCUUGAAGGACCGUCGGUACCUGUCGUUGGCCCAAGCCAGAGAGAGAGCUCUGCAUAUUGACUGGCAAUUAAUAACUAAGCCAGUGCCUCCUCAGUUCUUUGGCAGCCACGUGUUUGAGCAGUACGACCUGACCAAGCUGUUGGACUUCAUCGACUGGAAGCCUUUCUUUGACGUCUGGCAGCUAAGGGGAAAAUAUCCCAAUCGGGGCUACCCCAAGAUCUUCAAUGACAAGACAGUGGGAUCGGAGGCACGCAGAGUUUUUGAUGACGCCCAGCAGCUCCUGAACCAAAUGAUUGACAAGGCGAGUCUGACAGGGCGGGGUUUGGUGGGGUUCUGGCCGGCCCGUAGCGAUGGUGAUGACAUCCACGUGUACAACAAAGAUGAUACAGCACAGAGAAACAGAGAGCCGAUUGCAACCUUCCACGGUUUACGACAGCAGCUGGAAAAGGACAGUGCGGCUUCAGAGCCCUACCUGUGUUUGUCCGACUUCGUGGCGCCCGUAGACAGCGGCUUGGAAGACUAUAUCGGCGUGUUUGCUGUCGGAGUGUUUGGUGCAGAGGAACUGAGUCAGCAGUUCCAGACUCAGGGAGACGACUACAACAGCAUCAUGGUCAAAGCCUUGGCAGACCGACUGGCCGAGGCAUUUGCAGAGGAGCUCCAUGUUCGCGUGCGGAAGGAUCUCUGGGGAUACAGCGGCGAGGAGUCUCUGCAGGCCUCAGACCUCCACAGGGUUUGUUACCAGGGCAUCAGACCAGCUCCGGGGUACCCAAGCCAGCCUGACCACACUGAAAAGAUCACCAUGUGGAACCUGGCUGGUAUAAAGGAGAAGACUGGUAUCGCUCUGACGGAGUCACUGGCCAUGACUCCUGCAGCUUCAGUGUCCGGACUUUAUUUCUCCAACCCCCAGGCCUCCUACUUUGCUGUCGGAAAGAUCACCAAGGAGCAGGUGGAGGAUUACUCCCGGAGAAAAAAGGUCAGUGUGGAGGAGGUAGAGAAGUGGCUCUCUCCCAUCCUUGGUUACGACAAUGAAGUGUAGACCUGCACCGCGUCCACAAUGAGAUGGAGCACAAACAAAUUAGAUUUCCAGUCCAACCAUUCCGCUGAAGAACGAGACAAACUGAAGGUAUCAUUUUGUCACUACUACUACUUGGCCCUGUCAGUAUGAGUAUACGGUUUAAAUGUUGCCCAUUCUUGGCGUUAGAAUCUUCGGUAGCGGUACGAUUAUGUAAGGCAGGGGUGUCCAACCAUUAGUUGUAAUAUGGGAAUAAAUCAUUAUAUAAAAAGAACAGUUUUAAAGAUUAUUUAAGAGGAAAGAUUGAAUAUUUGGAUAAUAAUAAAAUAAAAAUUGGGGGAAAAGUGAAGUUGAUAUUGGUGAAGUGUGUGUAUAUAUGAUUUAAAAAUAUAUAUAUAUAUUAUAUGAUAUAAUAUAUAAUAUUAUAUCAUAUUAUAUACAUAUAUAUAUAUAUAUACAUAUAAAACGUGUUGCUUUACAAAAUAUCCAAGUUACAUCCCUUAAUUUUUCACUAUGUGGCCCUUCCUGGAACGUUCGGACACCCCUGCUUAAGGCCAGGUUGCCUCUAAAACGGUACAUUAUUCCAUGGAAUAAUGUAAGUCUUACUAAUAAUAUUUUAGCGUGUUUUUUUCAUGGUAUUUUAUAAGUAAACUGCAAUGUGAGAACAUGCAUAUAUGAAGUAGUCCAGACAAAGUACCAGCCAAAAAUGCCCAAUGAAGAAGAAAACAGUGUGUAUACUGUACGUCACUCCGGAGUACUAGUCACAGGACCAGCCAUACUUGGACUUGUAGUGUGACUUAUAGUCCGGACAUAUACUAUACGUUUUUUUUUUCAUGGCAAAGUAAAAAUCCACAUCUCUCAGGUUGACAUGAAUUUAUAUUUCUACAAAAUCUUUCAAUUCUUGCUUGGCAAAUGUUCUGAGUUUCUAACCAGAAAAAAGUCUUGAGGUAGGACAUAUUCCCUUUGGCAUCCAUAUUUGCCAUGGCUAUGGAGCUAUACAACGUAUCACAGCAUUCACGUCUUACAGGCUGGUCACCAGCUGAUCAAACAUUUAAGACCACUGCCUUUAAAGUCAAACUCUUAGUAAUCUUGAUGGCGACGGGCUUGUUGAGUUGCAUAAGCAAAGCCUCUGAGGAAAAUGGAACCUUGAUGGGUUCCAACGUUACUAGCAAGACAAGGAGAUCCCACCUGAGAUGUUUUCCACGCAGCACAGUAGAGCGGCCGCCACCAUGAUCCUUCCAUGGGAGCGGGUUUUGUGUUUUCAUUUUUUUAACGGUGGUCUUAAACGUUUGAACAGCAUAUUUCAUUUCAAUGCUUGUUUGCA